AUGUUUUCUGAGCGCACAUAUCAAGCUCAGAUCAUUCAAGAUGAGCUUCUACAUUCACAACGAGCUAAGAGAUUUGAUCCCGAGCCAGUUGCAGUCAACCAGGCCGGUGCAUUCAAGUCGAAAAUGAAGGAUUACUUCACUCUGUUCUUGGAGACCUCCUCUAUUCAUGGGCUGAACCAUCUGGUCGCAUCCAAGAGGCAUCCUUUUGAAGUCCUCCUCUGGCUCACCAUGGUGGGUCUGUCAGUAUUCGGCGCUAUGUACCUGUCUGGUACCACCUGGUCCCGCUACCAGUCCUCUCCGACUGUCUUGUCCAUGGACCGGGACAUGUUUGCAUGGAACACAACCUUCCCUUGCGUCACCAUCUGUCCUAACUCCAAACUGGACGCAAAGAAACUUAAUGCUUAUGUAGAAAGUUCACCAGAACCUGACAAAGAAACUCUAACCAAAUUCAUAAUUGGCAUAUCCAACGCUACCUACAAGAACUUCGACACUAUACCUUUAUUUGAGGGGAUACCGGGUGAUAAGUAUGUGGAGCUGGUACUCAAUUUGUCAGCAAACUUCAAGCCAACCCUCACCAUUGGAGCUACAGGGAUAAGCCUCAAUAUCAUACCAACAAUAACCGAGAUGGGACUGUGCUAUGCUGUCAAUUCGAAAGUUGCUAUUUACAAUUCACCUGAUUACAGAGCAGCCAAUAGAUGGGACCGAGUGAUAGUACAUAACAGUACCUUUUAUAUCCAUCCGUUGGAUGGCGAAGUGUUCGCUCAAGUCAUAAACUUGUCUACCUCUUACGAUGUCUACAUCCACGGACCUCUGGAGGUUCCAGAUAUAUCGACAAGACAUCAACACUCGGCUGAAGACUUUUACAUGAAACUCUAUGUUACAGCGUUGACUGUAUACACGUCAUCGGAGGCUGCUAAACUGAGUGUUGCUCAAAGACGUUGCCGGUUCCUUCAUGAGAAUAUAUUACAACAUAAUUCUGUUUACACAUACACAAUGUGCCGAAUGGAGUGCCGGAUACGACUCUGUCUCAAAUACUGCAAGUGUAUACCACACUUUUAUAGAAGAAUCGGCGACGAGAAAACAUGCGAUGUCAAAGGUCUUCAUUGUUUAGCGGAAUACAAAGACGAGUUGUACAAAUUGCAAGAUAAAGCAGGAAAGAAAAUCAACUGCGGUUGUUUUCCUAUAUGCGAUGAUGUUAACUAUGUAAUACAGUCCAAUGUACUACAAGAAUGGUUCCUCGGCACCAAUCUGCAGUGGGGCAUCGUUACUUAUCCCAGGAUGAGGUACAGACGCGACAUCAUCUUCGGCUUCACAGAUGUGUUAGUGGCUGUGGGUGGCAUGGCAGGAUUAUUCCUUGGUUGCAGUGUCCUCAGUUUCAUGGAAAUUGUAUACUUCCUAACAUUACGAUUGAUUUGUUACACGCAUAAGUCCGUUGUAUCUAAGUAG